GACGAGCCAAGAAUCGGAUUUCCACGAUAGAUUCGAUCUGGUCUAACAAUUAACAACGUAAGAGCGUACGUUAUUGUUUCCUCGUCCCCGGCAAAGCUAAGCUAAGCACCAUGGGCAGCGGAGGAGAUUUGAGCGACGGUGUAUUGAAGAAGAUCGUCCUCUCCUACACCUACGUCACCAUCUGGAUCUUCCUCUCCUUCACUGUCAUCAUCUACAACAAGUACAUCCUCGACCGCAAGAUGUACAACUGGCCUUACCCCAUCUCCCUCACCAUGAUCCACAUGGCCUUCUGCUCCUCCUUCGCCUACUUCCUCGUCCGCGUCCUUAAACUCGUCGAUCCUGUCUCCAUGUCCUGGCCGAUUUACCUCAAAUCUGUUAUCCCCAUUGGCCUCCUCUACUCCCUCUCCCUCUGGCUCUCUAACUCCGCUUACAUUUACCUCUCCGUCUCCUUCAUCCAGAUGCUCAAGGCCCUCAUGCCCGUCGCUGUCUACUCCAUUGGUGUUCUCUGCAGCAAAGAGUCUUUCAGGGUUGACACCAUGCUCAAUAUGGUCUCCAUCUCCAUUGGGGUCGCCAUUGCCGCUUAUGGGGAGGCCAAGUUUGAUUCAUGGGGGGUGAUUUUGCAGUUGGGAGCUGUGGCGUUUGAGGCCACCAGGCUCGUCAUGAUUCAGAUUCUGCUCACCUCUAAGGGUAUCACGCUUAAUCCCAUUACCUCUCUUUACUACGUGGCUCCAUGUUGCCUGGCUUUCUUGUUUGUGCCGUGGGUCAUGGUGGAAUACCCGAAUUUGAAGGAGAAUUCCAGCUACCAUUUCGAUUAUAUGAUCUUUGGGACCAAUUCUUUCUGUGCUUUUGCUCUGAAUCUUGCUGUUUUCCUGCUGGUUGGGAAGACUUCAGCCUUGACUAUGAAUGUGGCUGGGGUGGUUAAGGAUUGGAUGUUGAUUGCAUUCUCAUGGUCUGUGAUUAAGGACACUGUCACCCCUAUCAACUUGGUUGGGUAUGGGCUGGCUUUCUUGGGGGUGGCUUACUAUAAUCACAUAAAGUUGCAGACUCUCAGGGCCAAAGAGGCACAGAAGAAGAGUGCAGAGAAUGAUGAUGGGGAGUCUGGCAAGUUGUUGAUGCAGGAAAUUAGGGAAGGGGAGAAUAAUAAUGCAGCUAAACCGAACGAAUUGCACGAAUCGCGGGAUUGAUUGAUUCGAUGUGAUUGAAAUGAUGAUCUUUGGAUUCAAUGGUGCUGACAUUAUAUUUUUGGUAGGUUAGGAGGAUUGGGAAUUGAAAUUUGAAACUGAUGAUCAGGCAAUAUAAGGGGUUGGUUGUUCAUCAAAGAUGAUUUAAUUUAGGGUUUGAAUUCUAGUUAUGAGUUUGUAGGA